AUGGUGAAUGAAACUGAUUGCCCAUUGGGAAAGCAAUUGGACAACAAAAUUACUGCUGUAAACAAUACGGGUUCUGGCUUUUUAAGCAAUAAUGAAAUAAUUGAAGAAGGUGAUACUGUGAUUGUUUAUGUCAAUUACGGAACAUCUUAUGCGGUAGAAGUGAAACGUGGCCUCAUUCUUACAAUGAGAUAUGGUGCUUUGAAGCAUGAAUAUCUUAUAGGAAAACGUUAUGGGUCUCGUAUUAGUGCUACAGCGGGUUAUGUUUAUGUCUUACGUCCGAAUGCAGAAAUGUGGACACGUGCUUUGCUUCGACGAACACAAAUUAUCUAUACACCCGAUUCUGCACUAAUUCUAAUGCUGUUAGAUAUUAAACCGGGAUCGAUAGUUUGUGAAUGUGGUACGGGAAGUGGUUCGCUUUCACAUGCAUUAGCAAUGGCUAUUGCACCAACAGGACAUCUAUAUACGCAUGAUGUUGAAGAGCCAAGGGUCAAACAGGUUGAACUUGAAAUGUUGAAACAUGGAUUAGGUGAAAUUACUACAUGUGUCCAUCAAAAUGUUAUCAAAGAUGGUUUUUCCGUGGAAAAUAUAUGCGAUGCAGUCUUUUUGGAUCUUCCCGCUCCAUGGAUUGCAAUUAAACAUGCAAAGCAUGCGCUAAGUCGAAUAAAUGGUGGCCGUGUGGUCAGCUUUUCUCCUUGCAUUGAACAGAUACAAAGAACAUGUAAUGCUCUUCAAUGUGAAGGUUUUGUGCAAAUCAGUACGGUGGAGUUAGUGCCAAGAAAGUUAAAAGUAAUUAUUUUUGUUUUUGUUUAA